CCCUCAGCGCCGGGCCCGGCGCUCCCCGCCCGGUGCCGGUCCGGGUCCGGUGCCGGGUCCGGGCCCCGGGCUCGGGCUCGGGCUCGGGCUCGGCCUCGGCGCAGCGCGGCCCGGUUCGGUUGGGCCCGGCCCGCCACAAGGGAGGAUGGGGCAGCCGCGGCGGCCGGCGAUCGGCAGCGGCCCGGCGGCGCCAUGACCGGCGAGAAGAAGAAGAAGAAGCGGCUCAACCGCAGCGUCCUGCUGGCCAAGAAGAUCGUGAUCCGGGACGGGGCCGGCCGACAGGGGAUCGGGGAGCCCAGCGUGUACCACGCCGUGGUGGUGAUUUUCCUGGAGUUUUUUGCCUGGGGGCUGCUGACCACGCCGAUGCUGACGGUCUUACACCAGACUUUUCCUCAGCACACGUUCCUGAUGAAUGGCCUGAUUCAUGGAGUCAAGGGUCUGCUSUCUUUCCUAAGUGCCCCGCUGAUUGGUGCUCUCUCUGAUGUCUGGGGCAGGAAAUCCUUCCUCCUUCUCACUGUCUUCUUCACGUGUGCACCGAUUCCCCUGAUGAAGAUCAGCCCCUGGUGGUACUUUGCUGUCAUUUCCAUGUCUGGAGUGUUUGCUGUCACCUUUUCCGUGAUUUUUGCCUACGUUGCCGAUAUCACGCAGGAGCAUGAGCGCAGCACGGCSUACGGCCUGGUGUCAGCCACAUUUGCUGCCAGUCUGGUCACCAGCCCAGCCAUUGGUGCAUACCUGUCCCAAGCCUAUGGUGAUACCUUGGUGGUUGUGCUGGCUUCAGGGGUGGCUUUGCUGGAUAUUGGCUUCAUCCUGCUGGCUGUGCCCGAGUCUCUGCCCGAAGAGAUGCGCCCCGUCUCCUGGGGAGCCCCAAUCUCCUGGGAACAAGCUGACCCAUUUGCUUCCUUGAGGAAGGUGGGUCAGGACUCCACAGUGCUGCUCAUCUGUAUCACAGUUUUUCUCUCCUACCUUCCUGAGGCCGGCCAGUACUCCAGCUUCUUCCUGUACCUGCGACAGGUCAUUGGUUUUUCCUCAGAGACUGUAGCAGCCUUUAUYGGUGUAGUUGGAAUUCUCUCUAUACUGGCUCAGACAGUCGUGUUGGGAAUUCUCAUGCGUUCGAUAGGAAAUAAAAACACCAUYCUCCUGGGAUUAGGCUUCCAGAUCCUGCAGCUUGCCUGGUAUGGCUUUGGAUCACAGCCUUGGAUGAUGUGGGCAGCAGGAGCUGUGGCUGCCAUGUCCAGCAUCACCUUCCCAGCCAUCAGUGCCAUGGUGUCGAGGAACACAGACCCUGACCAGCAGGGUGUGGUGCAGGGGAUGAUCACUGGAAUUCGGGGUCUGUGUAACGGCCUGGGGCCGGCGCUCUACGGCUUCGUCUUCUACCUUUUCCACGUGGAGCUGAACGAAAUGGCUGAGGUGGAAACUCUGGGCAAGGCCUCCAAACCCAACAUGGCCAACCCUACKGAUGAGAGCAGCAUCAUCCCUGGGCCACCCUUCCUGUUUGGGGCRUGCUCCGUGCUGCUGUCGCUGCUGGUGGCCCUGUUCAUUCCRGAACACAACCUGGCACUGAGGUCUGGCAGCCACAAGAAGCACAGCACGGGGGGCCAGGCCCACCCCCACAGCCCACCAGCUGGGGGGUCAGAUGGCAAGGAGCCCCUUCUGGAGGACAGCAGCGUGUGAGGUGGGACAGGGGACCYGCCUUGUGGACUCCACAUCGAGGAUGGACUCAGCAGGAGUUCGGGGAGGGGGAGAGAGGGAUCCGAGGUAACAGACUGUGCCACUAACAGCUACUGAGGAGGGACUGGGUUUCCCUUCGAGCCAAAUACACCCAGCUGGUGCAAAAAUGGAAUUGUAUCACCUGGUGCUGAUGGAGAGGGGAGAUACGGAACUGCUCCACUGRAGGGAUAGUUUUGGGAAGCAAACCUGCCCUUGUGCGUGGCCCCGUGGUGUGCCCUGCCAAACCCUCUGCUCACCGGUCACCAAAGAUGGAGCCAGCGUGGUCUGUGUUUGGUGGGAGCUCACUGAGCUGCCCCCAGAAUAAAAUAUGGCAUUUGCUCCAUGCUCCAUCCCUGACACAGCUGGUUCCUGCUGCUGGCACCCCCUGGCACCCCCUGCACAGUGUGCUGUGGUGACACGCUGAGGGCACGGGGUGCGUGCAUGAGGCACAGGGAGUGGAGCUCUGAGUUUCCUCUCUGCUGGAGGGCCUGAGGAAUCUGUUCAUUCUUCCCCAAGCGAAACUUAGACCAAAAAAUAAUAA